AUAUAUAUGCAUCACACACUCAUUUAGGGAAAAAGAGAGAGAUUCUGUUGUAGGUAUGGUUGGUUUGUUUUUGUUCAAAUUAGGUUAAUUAAUGGAGGCCAAAUCUACGGUUUAUUGAGGUUGUAGGUGAUUGGGGAGAAGGGGGAGGAAAUUAAAAAAAUGGGGAGAGGUAGGGUUCAGUUGAGGCGGAUCGAGAACAAGGUAAGUAGGCAAGUGACUUUCUCCAAGAGGAGGACUGGUUUACUGAAGAAAGCACAUGAGAUCUCUGUCUUGUGUGAUGCUGAUGUUGCCUUGAUUGUCUUCUCCAAUAAAGGGAAGCUCUUUGAGUUCUCUUCAGAUUCAAGCAUGGACCAGAUCCUAGAAAAAUAUGAGCGAUAUUCGUAUUCAGAACAGCAUUUCAUGACUGGUACUUCUGAAACACAGGAUAUCUGGCCCGCUGAGUUUCCCAAGCUAAUGAGUAGGCUUGAAGUCUUGCAAAGAAACAUAAGCCACUACACUGGGCAAGAGCUUGAUCCCUUGAGCUCUAGAGAGCUCCAACAUUUGGAGCAACAAAUUGAUACUGCCCUUAAGCGUGUUCGAUUAAGGAAGAACCAGCUCAUGCAUGAUUCUGUCUCAGAGCUCCAGAAAAAGGGAAAGGCACUGCAGGAGCACAAUAACUUGCUAGCAAAGAAGCUCCAGGAGAAGGAGAAGACACUGAAUGAUCAGCAUGCACAGUGGGAGCAGCAAAACCUUGCUGAAAACUCAUCGGCCUUUAUCCUGCCGCCGCCGCCACCACAGCUGCCGUUUCCUGCUUUAACCAUUGGUGGCACUUUCCAGGUGAGAGGAGUCAAUGGAGAUACCAGAGCUCAUCAAACUCAACCUUCAAGUUCCAGUACCCAUAUACCACCAUGGAUGAUUCGUCAUGUGAAUGGAUUAGAAGACUAAACUUCUGUUUCCACCACUUUGACU